AUGUCGCACCAUCUAUUCUUGUUGUCGCCAUCAGACACACCCUUGUAUAGCCUCACGCACCAGUCGACGAAACCUGUUCCAACGGUAACAUCACCCCUGGCCUCAAAUUUGCCGACGUGGUCGACAUCAGCGUUUGCGGGCACCCUGACGGCGCUGUCUGGGGCCUCGAGUGCGACGCAGCACACGACGAGCGGUGCGGUACGCGUAGGAGGCGGGCAGGACCGCCAUGUCAUCCAGAUGAUCGCGAACGCGAGCCUGGACGUGAUCGAGGACGAGAUGCACAAGCAGAAUUUGAUGUACUUGAAGUCGGUAGACAAGUUCAAUGAGUGGACGGUGUCGGCGUUUGUGACGCCUGGCAAUAUGAAGUUUGUGCUGCUGCACGAGGGAAAGAACGACGAGGGGAUCCGUGCGUUCUUCAUGGACGUGUGGGAGCUGUAUGUGAAGACGCUGGUGAAUCCGUUCCACACUGCGCAUACGACGAUCCGGAGCAGUGUGUUCGACACGCGGGUGCGAGCGUCUGCUCGCAAGUAUCUGUGA